AUGUAUGACCUAAAUUAUGACUACCCAGAAUACAACUAUAACAGAAGUGAUGUAUAUUUUGUGUCGUCGAAUGAUACAGAUCAUUUGAUUGGUUUAGCACAUGUUCUGAAUUUGUACCUAAUUCCAAUUAUAGCUAUAUUAGGAAUUCUAGGAAAUUUGUGCUCAGUGCUUGUGUUUUUGUGCUCACCAUUUCGAUAUUUUCCGUGCAGUAUGUACCUAACUGCGGUGGUGGUUUCAGACACUGGGUUUCUGUCCGCGCUUUUACUGGGAUGGGCGAUAAGCCUGAAACCAGAUUUGACGUUAACACCCGGAUGUUGUCAUAUUAUGGUUUAUAUCACGUAUGUUUGCAGUUUCCUGUCUGCCUGGUACGUCGUACUAAUGAUGUUAGAACGUUACAUAGUUGUGUGCUAUCCGUUACGAGCUCCUGUCAUCUGGAACAAGUCAAAAUCAAGAGUUGCUAUUUGUGUGAUAACGUUUAUAGCUGUUGUGUUAUAUUUACAUAGCUUUAUAACGACUGGUGUGAUCGAGACACCCUAUGGUCAUACAUGUACGUCACUUCCGUCUUAUUUACGAUUUGUCGUCAUUUUCACAUAUGUAGACUCCGUCAUCACGUUUGUUGUGCCUUUUAUCGCAAUCUUGUUUUUUAAUCUACGGAUUAUUUACGCGAUCCACAACUUCCGGCGGAAACACCAAUUAUUGCUAUCACAUGGUCAUCCGAAACGCUCGUCAUUUAUCGGAGUAUUGUCGCAGGCUCAGAUCCGAUCGACGAAGAUGAUUGUUCUUGUUUCCAGUGUUUUUCUUGUUCUUUAUUUACCAAGCUACGCGAUUAGAUUGUACAUACUGAUUAAAGUUUUAAUUCAGAAUUCAGCGCCACGGGAUGAAAAUUAUCAGCUGGAGAUCGCUCAACAUAUCUGUCAGUUUCUCUAUUAUUUGAACUUCGCUGUGGAUUUUUUUGUCUACACAAUUUCAAGUCGAAAUUUCAGACGAAACAUUUCAAGACUGGUGAAAAAGAUUUUCAGAAUUCAGUAA